CUCUCUCCCAUUGCCGUCUCUCUCCGUGAACAGGUGGGCAAACACCGUAGACUCUCUCCCAUUGCCGUCUCUCUCCGUGAACAGGUGUGCAAACACCGUAGACUCUCUCCCAUUGCCGUCUCUCUCCGUGAACAGGUGUGCAAACACCGUAGACUCUCUCCCAUUGCCGUCUCUCUCCGUGCACGGGAAGUGGCAGCUGCAACAGAUGAGUAUAUACCGGAGGAGAGGGAGUGUUUGAAGACCUGCCACAGUCAAAGAAAACAAAGUGUGUCUGACAAUCUUUUGGUGAAACUCUGGGAGUGUGUUGUAGGAUUUCUCACACACAAACAGUCCUUCUCCCUCUCCACUUAACUAAAAGCCUCACCUUCACGUUGUGAAUCAGUGUCUCCCCAAAUUAAACCACUCAGCAUUUGGUACACUUCAAGGAGUGACGCUUUCAAAAGUUUCUUCCUUUAUG